AGUGUAGAAGCGCUACUAUUUUUGUUCAAUUCGAUCGCUCAUGAUCAAGAUGAUGAGAUGGAUCACAUGCGUUUUCGGCAGUGGCGGGCCAUUUUGUGUUUCGCUAUCGUGGACGUAGUCCAGCUUUUUUCUCCGACGUCCACUUUGCAGCAGUUCCCGUUUUUAAUUACGGUUGUCGCUGAGCAAUACCGGACGAGCGUCGAAGAAGUAGAAAAUGAGAACGAGCCAACUACCGCUCCUGAAAAGCUCCCCCGGGAGAUCACCUUCCUGUUCACGGACUCUCACGGACGCUUGGCCCUGCAGCAUGGAUGCAUGUGCGAUGGCGGCGCCAACAUUUACACGAUUCCAAACGCCUACCGGCAGUUCGCGCAGUCCUGGCGGGGGAUGCAGUGGCACCGUUGGUGGGACGGUACCGAGGACCGGUAUUUCUACCCCCACCGAAACGGUGUCGUCUGCGAGCGCGACUCCCUGGCGUACGAAGCACGCGCCCGGCGGAGGCGGCGAAAGCGGGGAACGGCCAGGCGUGGGGACUACGACAGCGGUGGACCACGCGGAAAGAACCACGCCUCGUCGUCGGCGGAGGACGAGAACCGUUCAGCGCGGACCGGGGAUAUUAAUAGUAGUGCCAACACUAGAAGUAGUAGUACCGGGCUAGUGCUGGAGGGGGCUGCUCCAGGAGAUCAUGACGGCCAAGGUCUUCAGAGCGCGCUGUUAAAAGGAGACCAAAAUAAAGGCAAGCGGCGAAAGGAGAAGAACGCCGAACACGACGACUUCUUGCUAGAAGAGGACCUAGACGACCACUAUUUGGUGAACUCGGUGAUGAAUAUGACGCACUUCCAGCACCGGUUGCCGAGCAAAUAUCCCUGGUUAGCAGCACUGCAACCGUGGGUUUGUGUGGUGCGGAAAAAACGAAAGGAGAGUGGUGCUUAUCUGGACAUCACAGUCGCGUUUUGGAUGGCGGUGGGGACGCGACCGUUCCGGCCCUCCUUCCUCCUAUCGCUGAAAAAGCUUUUCAACGUGGGCACCCGGGAGCGAGGAGACCCAGACCUGGUGCUUGACAAGCAGAACGGCGCGAGCAUGGACGUGUUGUCCUGGUAUCGCGAAAACUUCUUUCCGUUCUUGCGUGAGUUACUGGCGAUGCUGAUAAUACCUGUUGUACCAGGACGAGGACAAGAUGAGGCCAAGGACAUCGUAAGAAAGCCUACGAACAACAACGCGCGUUAUAAUCUUCUACCGCCAGCAGCUGCUGCUGGUCCUGGUGCUCCCCCUGCCCCUGCCUCCCCGUCUCCUGUCGUUCCCCCUCAGCGCAACUCGGUUGUCCGUGCAGUGUUCAGCUUGGACUCGAUCUUUUUGGCGUGGCUGCGCUUUUACCCGCAUUUCGUGCGAGUGGCGGAAGAGACGAAGCGCGGCGUCGAAAUCGUCCGGCCGCCGCAAAAAGAGCCUCGCGGGGCGGUGGACCCCUUCUACCAACACGUCGUCGAUGUGCUGGAGGAAGCAUACGAGUUCGAAGCCUGCGGCACGAACAGGACCGGGAAGCCUGUUGAAGUAGACGCGGUCGCGGAGAAAAGUUGGCCGCGAGAACAAGUGAGUGCAAUAAAUAAGGCGGACCAGCAGCACACGGUGGCCAAUUCCAGCGCUAUAAGUUCGUCUGCGGUACUAGUACGGCAUGAUCCCACUAGUGGGCAAAGGCGUGGACGAGAAGUUCAAGUUGUACACGCUGCUCUGUCCCCUUCUUGCGAGAAGAACUCUGCCGUUGUGCGCGCUUCGCAGUACGGGAACAUGUUCCGACGGGGUCUUCCCGGAACUCGUCCGACGCGCAUCGAAACGGGGGUCCGGGCGGAGGUCUUGUCUUUUCUGGACAGCGACUAUAAAUUUGAACAAGGACGACAAAGUCAAAGCAUGCGCGUCGUGCCGGGAAACAAGCGGAACGACGACGAAUUUUCCAGGAAUAAAGUUUCCUUUGCCUCUCGCGAACGUUACUUGCGGCUCCAUCCUCACCGGCAUGGUGCGGGCGUUCUUUCGGCUUUCGCGUUGAACUUCACGAGACUGGUGUUUGAUUUUGAAGCCUUUUUCGCCGAGCAUUUGGACGACGGGCUAUUGUUUAACGCCAAUCACUCCGCUGCGAGAAAUGCAACAUUUUUACCAGAGAUUGUGAUUAUGAACACGCACCGGCACUUGCCCCGGUACGCCUGGUUGCGCAGUGAAAACAGUUCCUGCAAAGGACUUGACUCCGCCGGUCGAGUGUCGGAGCAAGAGCUGCGGCGAACCACGCACUACUGGGGGCACUUCUCUCCGGUGCACGCGACGGUUCUGGGCAUGGUGCAGGCCGUGAACGACUGGCGAAGUGGAAGCGAUACAACUUCUAACAGUGCUAGAAGCAACGAGAAUUAUUCAGUAAGCCCAGAGCGAUCGCGCCGUCCUUGGGAAUGGUUAGAUUUCAACGCCAAAUUUAACCAGCUCGUGUCUCUGCACCGGCGGAACGAGGCGGAUUACAGUGCCGGCACUUCUGCGGAGAACCUCCGACCAACACCCGCGGGGUGGAUGCUACCCGUCUCCGCGUGCAACAAAAGUCAUCUGUUUGAACUCGACGGGCACCACCUGGGGCCCUGGGCCAGUAGCUAUCAUUACCAACUCAUGAAACAAAGCAGGACGCCGGUGGAAUGACAUCAUUUUGAGCAGAACAUUGAGUACUUAUUGCGAACGGUAGUUCUUGGAUUGCGAGACCUAAAAGUACUUAUUUUGACGAGGAACAAAAUCAAAAUCUUUGGGUUUGGCACACGUAGUACAUCU